CCCCAAGCCGCCGGCCGGGGCCGCGCAUGUGGGCGACCGCCGCAACUUUCUCCCCGCCGGUCUCUCAGGGGCGGCGGGCGGCGGCGGGCCGGCGGCGGCCCGGCGGGGCGCCCCGCAUGCACUCAGGGGCCGGCCCCCCGCGCGGGGCGGGCACCGGGGCAGCCCCGCUCCCGCCUUCCCGCCGCUGCCUGCCCUCUCCUUCGCCACGCUCCCGCCCGCCCCUCCCCUCCCCGCGCCGCCAGCCCAGCCCAGCCCGGCACGGCCCAGCCCAGCGCGGCCCCGCCGGCUCACAGCCCGCGGCCGCCACGCCGCAGCCUGACGAAGCCCUGCAUCGCCCGGCUCCCCCCGCCCGGCCCCGGCACCGCUCGCUCCUCGCCGCGCUCCCGCUGAAUGGCCCCCGGGACAGAGUGGCGGCGGCGAGGACCCUCCUCCCUCUCCUCCUCCUCCUCGCCCCUCCUCCCUUCCCCGCCUCCCCCGGGCCGCGGCCGCCGCAGCAGCGCCCCGCCGAGCCCCGUGCUGCCCGCCCGGCCCUGCCCUGCCCUGCCCUGCCCCGCUCUGCCCGCCCGCGGGCCGCGACCCCCGCCUCACCCGGCCCCCCGCGCACCGCCCCCACCCCGGCACCGCCGCGCUGA